AUGGAUCACGUGCAUGUCAAGUCUUCGAGGUCGACUUCGAGGAGCAAUCCGACGAAGAUGGCCUGUGAAAAAGCGAGCAGGCGGCUCAGGACGAUCCUGGUGAGAGCGUCUCGUCUUGGCGUCUCGACGACGGAGGUUGCCAGGCUGGCCAGCGCCAAGAGGCUCAUUCCGCAGAGGGAUCACGGAUGGAAGUUGGCGGUGUUCCUCCUGCUGAUGUUCGGCGGCGGCGUGAUCGUCGCGCUGGCCUGCACCGCGAGGAAAGGCUGCUCGAAGCUGGAGGAGAUCAACCUGGCGACCUAGCCGUCGCGGCCCAUUGUUCCCCGCUGGCCAACAACGAGCGAAGCAACAGCAACGGCAGCAGCGACAGCACG